UGAUCGGCUCGACUGAUCGGCUCGACUGAUCGGCUCGACAGACACUUUCAAUAGCGUUACCACCUACUGCAAUAUGGAGGGUCCUGUGGGCUUCGGUCCCAAUCUGUUGGAAGCACAAGCACCAACAGACCCAUUGCGGUCCUGCCAUUGGCCCUGAGCCAGACGCUCUCCGGCGCUCCAUCGAGUCGCGGUAUAGUGUACUGUGUCUGCGGCCACGGCCAGACUGUGGUGUCUCCGCCCUCCUACAUACAGGACAAGUGAGGCGCGUGAUUAGGACUCCGACGGCCUACCCAGGACUCGCCAGCCCGUCGCCGACACUGAUGCACGAUGGGGCACUGCUCCACGAGAGCGAACGGGGUGGGCUGAUGGGGCCCUGGACGCCGACGACCAGGUGCUCGUGCGAAGCCCUUGAGAGACCUCAUACAUCAUCACCCAUCCCUCCUCUACAAAUUGUCCAUCAGCCACGGCAUCCUCCGCAUCCCUCGUAUCGCCACAUCCACCCGAUAGACUUCAACGUGCUUCGGAUACUCUAGUGACCAAGGCGUAUCGACCAUGGAUGAGCCCAUCGCUAUCAUCGGCGUGGACGCCAGGCUGCCCGGUGACGGCGACACGGCCGAGGGCUUCUACCAGUCGCUGCUGGCAGGGAGGUCGGCCAGGUCUGAGAUCCCCAAGGAGAGGUUCGCCGUCGACUCGUUCUGGCACCCUGACGCCGAGAGGAGCGGCUCGACCCGAGCAAGACAUGCACAUUUUCUCACGGGCAGUAUUGCGGCCUUCGAUGCGCCCUUCUUCUCUAUCACGCCCGCUGAGGCCAAUGGGAUGGAUCCCCAGCAGAGAGGGAUGCUGGAAUCUGUAUACAAGGCACUCGAGAAUGCUGGCAUUCCUAUCCCCAAGGCCGCGGGGUCCCAAACCGGCGUCUACGUCGGUUGUUUUGCAUAUGAUUAUAAUGAUAUAAUAGUGAAGGACUUGGACCUCCCCUCCAAGUACGCCGCCACCGGCACCGUCGCGAGCAUGCUCAGCAACAGGGUGUCAUGGUUCUUUGACUUUCGUGGCCCGAGUAUCACCGUCGAUACGGCCUGCUCAAGUAGUCUGGUAGCAGCCCACGAGGCGUGCAUGAGCCUGAAGCUCCGUGAGAUCAAUAUGGCCGUUGUUGGGGGCUGCAAUCUCAUGCUCUCGCCCGAGAUGACCCUGAAGCUGGACGCCGCCGGCGUCCUCGGGCCUGAUGGGAAGUCUUACAGCUUCGACCACAGAGGUAACGGAUAUGCUCGCGGUGAGGGGUUCGGCACUCUGGUGCUGAAACGCGUCUCUGAUGCAAUCCGUGAUGGCGACGUUAUCCGUGCCGUCAUCCGGAAUUCCUCAACGAACCAGGACGGCAAGUCCCCCGGCAUCACACAGCCAACCAAAGCUGGCCAGGCUGCUCUAAUCAAGCAUGUAUAUGAGAGAGCCGGACUCGACCCCUCUGUUACACGGUUCUUUGAGGCACACGGCACGGGGACACAAGUAGGCGAUCCUAUCGAAGCCAGUGCGAUCGCCGAGAUCUUCGCGCCGCACCGGUCGCCAGAUGAGCCACUCUAUGUGGGCGCUUUGAAGAGCAAUGUGGGACACCUUGAAGGUGCUGCCGGAGUUGCUGCAAUCAUCAAAGGAGUCUUCACACUUGAGAAGGGCAUCAUCCCACCAAACAUUUGGUUGGAAAAGGUCAAUCCCAAGAUCAAAGACUCAUGGCAUCUGAAGUUCCCCACUGAGGCAACACCCUGGCCCCAGCCCGGCCUCCGCCGCAUGUCGAUAAAUUCAUUUGGCAUUGGCGGCAGUAACGCCCAUGUAGUUAUGGAUGAUGCGUUGCAUUUCCUACAGCAGUACCGGCUAGUCGGUGACCACCGGACUAUUGCCACUCCUGGAACAUCCCAGGGCCUCCCAUACCAACCGCACGCAAACGGGCACACAAAUGGUAGCCAUCGUCGUGCGGACAGUGGGGUAGACAUGGGCGUGAAUGGGGACGCCGACGCAGCCCCCAGUCAAUUACUCGUCUUAUCCACCAACGACCAGCAAGGCGUUCUCCGUAUGCGAGAUGCCCUCGAGGGAUACUUGACGUCAAAGUCUCGCACGAACUCGGUCGCGGAUGAUGAUCGGUUACUCAGAGACCUCGGUUACACGCUAGCUUCCAAGAGAACCCACCAUGCGUGGCGAGCUUUCGCAAUUGCAGACUGCCCAAGCGCUUUACAGGACACGCUGAGGAACCUGCCAAGCGCGACAAGGGCCAAGUCCCAGCCUCGUUUGGCAUUCGUCUUCACGGGACAAGGCGCGCAGUGGCCAGCGAUGGGCGUCGAGCUCAUGCAAUAUCCGGUGUUCCAGGAAAGCAUCCUGGCCGCUGACAGAUACUUGAACGACUUGGGAUGUUCCUGGUCGCUGUCCUUCGAGCUUUGCAAGCAGGCGGGCUCGUCACGCGUGGAUGAUCCUGAGUUCUGUCAGCCAAUCUGCACCGCCCUCCAGAUCGCCCUCGUGGAUCUUCUGGCUAGCUGGGGCAUAUUCCCCCAUGCAAUCACUGGCCAUUCUUCAGGUGAGGUGGCAGGUGCUUAUGCUGCCGGGGCGAUAUCGAGGGAGGCAGCCUGGAAGGUCGCCCACUUCAGGGGGAAGCUGAGCUCUAAGCUGAUUCGGUCCGGGUCCCUGCCUCAGACAGGCAUGGCCGCAGUGGGCUUGGACACCAGAGCCACUUGGGCUGCAAUCGAACGCGUGAACCAGAUGGGUGGCCAAGGGACCUUGGAAAUCGCCUGUAUGAACAGUUGGCAGAGCCAUACUGUCAGUGGCGAUGCCAGGAAGAUCAACACGCUCGUGGAGAUGCUCAGCCAGGACAAGGUCUUCGCCCGGAAGCUCAACGUCGAGAUAGCCUAUCAUUCCCAAUAUAUGAAGGCCAUUGCAGACGAGUACCUUGAAUCCAUGGGGAAUCUGGAAGCUGGGACACGUCUGAAACAGCCCAGGGCGACUUUCUUCUCCUCGACCCGUGGAUCCUCUAUCUCAUCGGCCGAACUCCGAAAGCCAUCCUACUGGGUCGCCAACCUCGUCUCCCCCGUCCGAUUCUGCGAAUCCGUGACAGAGCUUCUCAAACACUCUGUCGACAAGCCAGAGAACGAUGGAUCCAAGAGGGCGGCGUCUGCUCCUUCGGCACUCAUCACAGACAUACUCGAGAUUGGCCCGCACGCUGCCCUUAAGGGUCCCUUGGCCAACAUUUCCAAGCAAAUCUCUGGCAGGGAUGCAAUCAAUUACCAUUCCCUGCUCAAACGCAAAUCGUCUGCUGUUCAGACUGCUCUGGAGGCAGCUGGGUCCUUGUUUUGUCAAGGCUAUGAGGUCGACCUACAUGAGGUCAACGAGGCCGGUGGAUCGGACGGUCGCAAGCCGCUGAUGCUAAUUGAUCUACCGAGUUAUCCAUUCAACCAUUCGAAGGAAUAUUGGCUUGAGAGCCGUCUGAGUAAGAGCUUCCGCCACCGGCCAACCGGCCGCCAUGAUCUUCUUGGCGUGCCCAUAGCAGACUGGAAUAAGAGUAACGCGACCUGGCGAAACUACAUUCGACUAUCAGAGAAUCCCUGGAUCGAGGAUCACAAGGUUUCUGGAGAUGUACUGUACCCUGCCGCGGGAAUGCUCGUCAUGGCCAUCGAGGCCAGUCGACAAAUCGCAGAUGGCAGCAAAGCCUUGAAGGGCUUUAGAUUCAAGGAUGUUUCAUUCCAUCUGGCAUUACGUGUACCUGACGACGCUGAGGGCGUUGAAACCCACUUCUACCUGAGGCCGUAUCGAGAGACCAGCUUGCCCUCCUCUUCGGCCUGGAACGAGUUUCAACUCUGGUCCUUCAACGAUGGCGAGUGGAGAGAGCAUUGUCGCGGACUGGUAAACAGCCAGUACGAGGAGGAUGAGAUCAAGAAUGAGCGUUUGAUACAGGAUCAAUGCAAGAGAGCAGUUCGCGAUGCUCAGCAAGCGUGCACGGCUGGCAUCGCAGUUGACAAAGUGUAUCGGAAGCUCAAGCAGUCUGGACUCGACUUUGGACCUACUUUCCAGACAUUGAACAAUAUCCGUCUCGGUCAAGACCGCACACUGCUGGCAGAUGUCAACUCGCCGCUGUCAAAGGUCCGAGAGGUCAUGCCGAGUCACUACUUGCAGCCGCAUUUGGUCCAUCCGACACUACUGGAUGGUGUUGUGCAUGCCAACAUUGCACCGCUGGUAUCGGACUCCGCGGUCUCUGAUCAACCCAGAGUGCCAGUCUACGCCGAGAGUCUCUGGGUAUCCGCCAGCCCGGAAUCCCACGACGCCUAUCUGGUGAUGACGGGUCAGCCCUCUCCUCGUGGGGACAAUGAGAUUGAAUCAUCCUUUACAGCAGUCAGCCCAAAGACGAAUCUCCCUUCAGUCUAUGCAUCUGGUUUGGUUUUCAAGACGCUCCCUGGAGGAGCGUCCCGAGAUGCCGCCGAUUCGCUUCAUGACGCAUUCAAUAUUGAGUGGAAGCCCGACCCGUCGCUCCUGAGCGACAAACAAGCCUCCAAGGUUUUCGGCGCGCCGAUGAAGGCCGAUGAUAAUCCGUCAGAUUGGAUGGAAGAUUGUGAGGCCUUGUGUCUGGCGUAUAUCCGGAGAUUCCUGGUUUCCGUUACAGAGGACCGUAUCGGCCGGAUGGCAGAGCACCACCUGAAGUACGUUUCGUGGAUGCAACACAUCUCUCGCCAGACGACUGACAGGACGGUGCCCAACAUCGAGGACCUAGAGGACAGAGUCCGGUCAAGAGCCACGCCAGAAGGUGUUCUCAUCAUCGCCGUGGGCCAAGCACUAGAUGAGAUGAUCGGAGGGCCUUUGAACCCGCUCGAUAUUAUUUUCAAGGACAAGAUCGCUGAGAAUGUCUACCGCUACGGCUUGGGAUCACAGAGAUGUUACGAGCAGCUGUGCGGCUAUGUUGAUACCCUGGCACAUAAGAACCCAGCCAUGCAGAUUCUGGAAAUCGGUGCCGGCACCGGUGGUGCGACUAGGCCUGUCAUGGAGACACUGACGGCUCAGGGUAGGCGAUAUGAGAACUACUGCUUCACCGAUAUUUCACCAUCGUUCUUCGAGCAAGCGAAAGAUACCAUUUUCAAGGACCAGCUGGAACGCGCGGACUUCCGCGUGCUCAACGUCGAGAAUGAUCCGGUCGAGCAAGGCUUCGAGGCUGGCCGAUACGACCUUAUCGUGGCUGCCAACGUGCUGCAUGCGACGAAGAAAAUCGAUGUGUCGCUUUCGAACGCGAGGUCGUUGCUUAAGCCAGGCGGAAAGCUCCUGCUCUUUGAGAUUACCAACAUCGAGGUCCUCCUUAGCCAUUUCUGCUUUGGUACACUCCCAGGCUGGUGGCUAUCAGAAGACAAGGACCGGAGAUGGGGGCCUUUGAUGUCUACCGAGAGCUGGCGACACCACCUCUCGCAAAGCGGCUUCACUGGGCUUGACGCGGUCUUCCAGGACUUUCCCGGUUCCGCCCACCAGAUGAGUUCCAUCCUUGUGUCAAGCGUGCCUCCGGACACUGCAGCAACCCAAACCGAUGGGACAACGUACAUCGUGACCGAUGGCUUGUCAGCGCAGCAAGUUGACGUCGCUAGACGUAUAAUAAAGGCUAUGGGCGCCAAUGGCCCGGCCUGCGAUGUCACAUCUUUGAUGACCUUGGGUGACAAGGACCUGAAUAGGGCGACCUGCGUGGUUCUUGCAGAACUCAAGUCCUCACUGUUUCAAGACAUGACGGCCUCCAUCUUCGCGUCUAUCAAGCGAAUGGCGAGUCAAUGCAGUUCGCUGAUAUGGGUGACCAAAGGUGGAGAUUCCCUUGCACCCGCGCCUGACAUGGAACUGGUCACUGGACUGGCCAGAGUCGCUCGGUCUGAGAGACCCGAUUUCCAGUUUGUGACGCUUUCGUUCGAGCAAAAUGAGGCCCCGGGUGUCAUUGUGGAGCAAUGCGUGCGGGCGCUCCGUGGCUUAGCAAACGGUACAGAGAAUUCUUUCAGGAUCAUUGGCGGUGUUCCGCAUGUUCCACGGCUUGUGAGGGCUAAGUAUCUCGAGGAUCACGUACGAUCUCAAACCGCUGCUCUGGGUGUGGUUCAGAACACCCUUGGCAAAGAGUCUUCUCGGUCUCUUAUUCUAAAGCCCGGUACUCCAGGCCAGAUUGACUCCAUGAGAUUUGAAGAUGAUCCCGUGCAUGACACACCGCUGUCUGCCGAUGAGGUCGAGUUCCAGACUCGGGUCUGCGGCAUUAACUCCCUGGACCUAACAUCUGUGAGGGGGCAAAUGGGAGACGUCCCCUUGGGCCUCGAGGCAUCUGGCAUUGUGUCCAGGACUGGGCCGGCCUCAAAAUUCCAGAUCGGAGAUCGAGUCUUCGGUCUGGCACUUACUGGUGCACUCAAGACACACGUCAGGUCUUCGGACGGCUGGUUGGCCAAACUCCCUGAUUGUGUAUCAUGGACUGAGGCUGCCUCCAUCCCGGUCGCUUACACUACGGCCUAUUCCGUCCUUCACGAGAUGGGCAGUGUCCGUAAGGGAGACAAGGUACUUGUACACGCAGGUGCAGACAGCCUAGCCCAAGCUGCCGUUCAGCUUGCUCAACUUGCUGGUGCCGAAGUGUUUGUCACAGUUGAUGGUGAACUUACGCAUUCUUUCUUUGCGAAACGGUGCGCUGUUCCACAAGACCACAUUCUCUCUGCCCAGGUUGGAUCCUUCAAGACUCUUGUUUAUCAGAUGACCGAAGGUCGUGGUGUUGAUAUUGUGCUGAAUACUGUUGGGAGCGAUUCACUUCCGGAGCUGGUGGGUUGUGCCGCCUCGUUCAGCCGGCUUGUGGACCUCGUUCCAAGUGGCAACAAUGCCAACGCACGCAUCUCUCUGAGUGAGCUCCAAAAGAAGAACAUUCGCUACGAGACUUACGAUCUCAGAUACCGAGCACUACAUGAUCCCGUCCGGACACAGCGUAGCUUCCAGGGAAUGGCUGAGCAGCUUUUCCUAAGGGGCCCAGGGUCGACCAUCCAGCGAAUGUCAAUCUCUAACUAUGCGUUCUCUCAGCUUCCGGAGGCGUUCCAUCAGAUGCAGUCUGGGCAUCGAGUCGAGAAAGUGGUCUUGGAACCGCACGAUCACGACGUCGUUCCUGUCUUGUCAAGACGCACACCCGAUUGCCGCCUUGAGCCCGAGGCGACUUAUGUGAUUGCUGGUGGCCUCGGUGGACUCGGAAGAUCUGUAGCGCGAUGGUUGGCUGCGCGUGGAGCCAAGAACUUGAUUCUGCUUUCUAGGCGUGGCCCCGUUCAAGAUGCCGCCAAGCAACUCGUUCAGGAGCUCGAAGUAACCUGUGACAGGAUAGCAACGCCGGCUUGUGACGUGACAGAUAGCGAAGCACUUCGGGAUGCCAUGGAGAAAUGCUUGGAAACGAUGCCACCCGUCAGAGGGUGCAUACAAGGCUCCAUGGUUCUCAAGGAUAAUCGACUUGAAAACAUGACGCUCGACGAGUGGAAUGAUGCUGUCCGUCCCAAAGCCAACGCAUCUUGGAACCUUCACGAUGUCCUGGGCGGCAAAUUAGACUUCUUCAUCAUGCUCUCGUCAACUGUUGGCAUUACAGGUGGACCAGAACAAGCCAACUAUGCCGCAGGAAACACCUUCCAAGAUGCGCUUGCCCGUCACCUGGCUUCUCGGGGCGGACAUGCCGUUUCAAUAGACCUUCCCAUCAUCCGCGGAGUUGGAUACGUAGAGGAGCGGCCGGGAUUGCUCGACCACCUCCGCGCAACGGGCUGGGCUUUCAUGGAGGAGCAUGAGUUCCAUUCCACGCUGGACUACCACUGUCGACUUGUGGACGGGGCCGUACCCCUCGUCCGGGCGCAGGUGCUGCCCCGGUUCUGGCUCCCGCAGCAGACCGCAUCGGAUGGCCACGAGCUGCCGACCUGGAGGCUCGACCCCUUGUUCAGCCACCUCGCCGUGUCAAGUUCCUCUACCACGACCGUAGAUGGCGGCACGGCCGACACGAAGAAGGCUGUCAACCACAUGGCGCUUCUUUCGGCUGCCGGGUCGCUAGAGGAGGCCGAGAAGGUGGCUCUAGAGGCGCUCCUCCUCAAACUAUCCCGCGUGCUGAGCGUCGACGUAUCCAACUUGGAUUCAGGGAAGCCGCUGCAUGCAUACGGAGUCGACUCGCUGGUGGCAGUUGAGCUGCGGUCGUGGAUAGCGAAGGAGCUCAAGGCGGAUGUUUCGGUUUUCGACAUGACUAACGCGUCGAGCAUUUCGCAGGUGGCUACAACGGCGGCGGAGAAGAGUAAGCUGGUUGUGAAGGGCGGUGGAGAUUAAUUAUGAACGGAUGAUACAACGCAUUCUGUUUUCCGCGUUCAGCGACUGACUGAGAAAGCUUUCCUCUAGAUUUUAUUUAUAUUAGGGACAUGUUAUGAAGACGUCAAUGAAACAAAGAUAAUUCCUA